GUAAUCUUUUCGAUUCCGAAGAGAAACAACAAAAACAGCAAAAUAGCUCCUAAACUCAGCAGUGAACAACACUGGAGGAAUUGGGGACAGCCAUACUUAACAAGCUCAAGAAUACUUUGCUUGAAGAAAUGGCGCUGCCACAUUUCAUGACUUUGCCCUUGUCAUCUUUCAUUUCACCUAUGGUUAUAAAAGUGAGGAAAUUGAACAUGCCCUGUUCGUUUCGUGGUACAUGUUGUCUUCACAAAGAUAAACCAAGCAAGGAGUUCUUGAAGCUUAGCCUUUCCUCAAACCUGUCUUUGCUGGAUGAUGGUCAGAAAACAAUAAGAGUCGCAAGGAGAGUUCAAGCACUCAAAUCUGAUGGUGCUGAUCGGAAGAGAAGGCGAGAAGCAUCUAGUGACAGUGAUGAUGAUGCUGACAAUGAUGCACCUCCUCCUUUUGAUGAAAAUGACCCUUAUUUUAUGAGUCUUGAAGAGAGACUAGAAUGGAGGAGGAAAAUUAAGCAAGUGAUGGAUAUGAAACCUGAUAUUCAAGAGGAGUUAGACCCUGUGAAAAAGGAAAAAAAUUUACAAAAGCUGGUGAAUGAUUACCCCCUUGUUGUGGAGGAGGAGGAUCCUGACUGGCCUCAAGAUGCUGAUGGGUGGGGAUUCAGCCUGAGCCAGUUUUUUGACAAGAUUACCAUCAAAAACAAUAAAAAGGCAGAUGAUGAUAAUGAUGAUGAUGUUGAUGAUAAUGAAAUAGUAUGGCAAGAUGAUAAUUACAUUCGCCCUAUCAAAGACAUAACUGCUGCAGAAUGGGAGGAGACUGUAUUCAAAGACAUAAGUCCCUUGAUUAUUCUUGUGCACAAUCGAUAUAGAAGGCCAAAGGAGAACGAAAGAAUUCGAGAUGAACUAGAGAAGGCCGUGAAUAUCAUUUGGAACUGCAGAUUACCCUCACCUAGAUGUGUUGCACUUGAUGCUGUUGUUGAGACUCAACUGGUUGCUGCACUUCAAGUGUCGGUCUUCCCAGAGAUUAUCUUUACUAAAGCAGGGAAGAUUUUAUUCCGUGAAAAAGCAAUUCGCAGUGCAGAUGAGUGGUCAAAAAUCAUGGCCUUCUUUUACUAUGGCGCAGCCAAACCAUCCUGUUUGAAUGGCAUUACAGAUUUCCAAGAAGAUAUUCCUUCUGUUAUCAUUGAGAAUCCAGUGUCCUGAAAAAUUCCGUCUCCAAAUUUUGAGUCAAGCAUGCUGCUGAAAUAUUUCCAUUUAAAGAUACCUUUAACGUUCUGCCAUUGUAUAAGAAAUGUAAGGGGAAUGUAUAGCUCCAUUGAUUGCAUAUAAUAUGAUAAAAAUCACUUACAUAGACAUGCAAGAAAAUUCCAAUAGGGGACUGUUUGAUGUGUAUGGAAGCCAUCACAGGAAAUAAGGAUCGGGCUUGGCUUGUUGGGACAAAAGAAUAUGUUGAUUAUUGAACGUGGAAGAUGAAAUUUCGUGACCUGGAUAUGUGCUGUGACAUCUGUGUACAUCAAGAAGGCUAUGAGAUUGAUGGUCAGACUGUCAUAGGCAGUAGCAUGUAGUAGGAAGUAGUGUUAUGUUUUGUUUGAUUCAUUUUUCUCUAUAAACUUUGAAUAUUGUUAUUUUCAUGUAAUGGCAUUGGAGGAAAGGAGCUUGAUAACUAAAUGCAUUUUCUUAUGUUCCUUGAAAACAAAGACAAGUUGGAGAUACCUAACACCAAUAA